AUGGAGGUGGCGCUUUCCCUGCUGGAGACUAUGGAGGACUGGAGUAUACGUGCGACACCCGGCAAAUUUGUCCAUGCCAGCCCUGAUGUCAUCGUCUGCAAUGCAGCCAUGACUGCCUGCGGCGCAAGCAGCUGGAAUUUGGUACUACAGCUUCUCGACUCAUUCCCAUCGAGGAGGCUGACACCUGAU